AUGGGAAAGUUGGAUAUCGACUAUCAGAAGUUGUACGAGGCGUUCUUCCGGUUCCAAACCAAGCCUGAAUUGACUCGCUACGGGGAGAUCUACUACGAAGGCAAAGAAUAUGAGACCAAUCUCAAACAUCUUCGGCCCGGUGAUUUGAGCGAUGAACUGAAGGAGGCCCUCAAUAUGCCUCCUGGUGCUCCUCCUCCGUGGCUAAUCAACCAGCAGCGAUACGGCCCUCCACCGUCCUAUCCAGCCUUGAAAAUCCCUGGUCUCAAUGCGCCGCCCCCUCCUGGAGCUAUGUGGGGAUAUCAUCCCGGCGGCUAUGGCAAACCGCCUGUUGAUGAACACAACCGUCCGCUGUACGGUGGUGACAUUUUUGGAGUCUUACAGCCCCAACAGAAUGCCCAACAGGGGGAACCGGUCGAAAAGGAUCUUUGGGGCGAGCUUCAGGCACCCGAGGAGUCCGAGGAAGAGAGCGAGGAGGAGGAAGAGGAGGAGGAAGAAGAAGAAGAGGAGGCUGAUGAGGAGGCAGAGGCCGGUACUCAUUCUCCUGGUGGUCUGGAAACCCCUAGUGGCCUGGAAUCGACGGCACCGUCCGAAUUUGUGGGCGCGGAGAGCGUCUCUGGCGAGUUUGAUGUCCGCAAACACCAUCGAGGUACGGAGACGGAGGAAUCCAUUCAUCCUCGCAGCGCCUACCAGGUAAUCCCCGAGAGACAGACCAACGUGCAGGGGUUUUUCGGAGGCGACAGGGCGUACGACCUCAACACGGCCUCGACCCAGCCUCCUCUCCUCGGCGCCGAAGACCAAAGCCGGAAGCGCAAGAAGCCCGGUGAUGUGGACGUCUCUAUGGACCCUGACGCUCUUCACGCCGAGGAUGGUAUCAGCAAGGAGAAUCUUCAAAAUAUGUACGAGUCGCAGAGACGGCAACAGAAUCAGCCUAGUUGGGGGUUCCAGGAGGACCUGAGCGACAUGAUCGCGCAGGAGAGGCGCCGGAAGAAGCGCUGA